UGUUACCUUCAAACAUGAGCUCUUUAUUUGUUGGCCGUCGAGUAUAGGUCGUAUUUUUACAUACUUAAUGAUUUUUAAAUAUAUAAUACACAAUAAACUUUGCACGUAUUUACUUUGAUUCUUGUAAUUUGGAGAUAGUCUCAACGCGUUCUUUACCAUAAGGUCAUAUUGAGCAAUGUUAUGCGCGCUAGUAAUUUUUUGCACUAAUGUACACCAUAUUUAUUGACGGUCUACAUUCAUUAAAUACCGGUGAAGCUGACAAAGACGCUAAGGUGGAUUCUCUUUUGUUCUCGAAGCUCUAUCAAAACAAAUAACUCCAGCAAUACCCCUAGUGCGCUUUAAGCAAGGCAAACAGGCAUUUAUUUGAACCGUCUCUCAUUUAAAGCGAUAUGGGAGGAAUGCAUGUAAAGAAGAGAUUUAAAAAAAUGCUUGGUAGAAAUAAAUGUUUUCAUAUGCAUGCGAAACGUUGUCGUUUUUUUCUGCAAGGUGCCCACUUUUAUAUAUUGAUAUAUCACGAGUUAUAUCCUGUUAUCACCUAAAUCCAUCGCUUCUGAGAACGCUCGACCCAGUCAGGAGUUUCCAACGCGUUUAGCAUGAGCUUGUCUUAAGAAAACUAUAAAUGGUUUGCAGUGUAUUGUGUGUAUUUGCGUUUUUAAACCAAAGUAUCCAAGCUGACAUUAGAAUUGUUGCUAAUAAAAAGGAGAACAAUUCAGUUAUCACCCACUGUGUGGAAUAAGCAAUACUGAAUUGACAAAGAUUUGGUAAUGUAAAUAUGUUCGCAUUAUCCUUGUUGCAGUUCCACGCCUGUCUCUUCCUGGCCCUUGCCAGCAGCGCCAUCGCUGGUUACGUCCAGGGUGGCCUUGGCUACGGCCAUGACCUCGGCUACGGCAGCCUGGGCUACGCCGGCCUCGGCUACCGCCACGGUCUUGGCUAUUCUGGCCUCGGUUACGGUCAUGGUCUUGGCUACGGCCACGCUGUUGGACUUAACAACGGCUUCGGCUACUCUGGUCUCACCGGCUACAGCGUGGCUGUCCCAGCCCUGAGCCGCACUGUGGCCACUGCCUACCAAGCUGCUCCAGCUGUUGCCACCUACGCCGCUGCUCCAGCUGUUGCUGCCUACUGCGCUGCUCCAGUUGCCAGUUACGCCCCUGCCCCAGCUGUCACCAAGGUCGCUACCUAUCAGGCUGCUCCAGCUGUCGCUACCUAUGCCGCUGCUCCAGCUGUUGCUGCCUACCACGCUGCUCCAGUCGCGAGUUACGCCGCUGUCCCAGCUUUCAGCAAGGUCGCUACCUAUCAGGCUACUCCAGCUGUCGCUACCUAUGCCGCUGCUCCAGCUUUCGCUGCCUACCACGCUGCUCCAGUCGCCACCUACGCCGCUGCUCCAGCCGUGACCAGGGUGUCCACCGUCCACGCUGCUCCAGCUGUCGCCAGCUACCAGACCUACCACGCUGCCCCAGCCGUCGCCACCGUUGCCCACGCUCCAGCUGUUGCUAGCUACCAGACAUACCACACCGCUCCAGCUGUGGCUUCCUACGCCCACGCUGCUCCAGUCUAUGGAUACGGCGUCAACUCUCUCGGCUACGGUGCCGGCCACUUCGGUUACGGACACGGCCUCGGCAGCUACGGUCUGAACUACGGAUAUGGUCUCGGUACCUAUGGAGACUACACCACCCUCCUCCGCAAGAAGAAGUAAAAUCGUCAAGGAUCUACCGCUGCGGGUGGUAGCCACUACGAUUCUAUGAAGAGACGUGUUCACUGCCAACAUUUGCUGUCGUAAAGAAAGCAAUAAAGUCGUC